AUGGACAACAAACUUCAUCCAGCCAUGACAGUGUCCAACAUAAAAAACGUUGUGCCUAUAACCCUCGAAGUUGAAACUGUCCAUUACACAACCUGGGCAGAACUUUUUCAGAAUUCUUGCAAGGCUUACCAGGUUCACGAUCAUCUGGAACCCAGAAAACCGGCACCGGCAACUACCUCCUCUGGUUCUGACAAGGACAAGGUCACUGCUCCUCCCUCUGAUGAUGAGGCUCUUUGGUCUCGUCUAGAUGCCAUUGUCAAGCAAUGGAUAUAUGGCACCAUCUCACCAGAUCUCCUUCAUACCAUACUUACUCCGGGUCAGACUGCUUAUGACGCCUGGACUACUCUGGCCAACCUCUUCCGGGACAACAAAAACACCAGGCCUGUCUUUCUUCAGCAAGAGUUCUCCAAUAUUCGUUUGGAAAACUUUCCAAACAUGUCAGCCUACUGUCAACAGGUUAAACUCCUCUCCGACUAA